GUUUAGCCGCUCUCUGUCUGUGUCCCCGUCUGUCUCUCAUGGCGACACCCUGUUCUGCUUCCCUCUCAGACCCGCCAUUGGGUUAAGUACCAUACGCAAAAUAGGAAGCUCCUCGAACCCUCAGCAUAUUUACGGGUUUACCACUAAGCGCACCAAGACGGCAUCUUGUUUAAGCAACUGUGGAAGCAAGCUGGGACGAGUUGGAAGACUGAUGGCUAUGGGGUUAUCCACCCCCCGCCCCCUGAACCCGAGACCGUCUUGCGCCUCUUAUUCCUUGUUUUCCCGGUCUUCUUCCAUCUCUUCUUCCUCUUCUUGGUCCCUCUUGCUCUCCUCUAAACCCCUGCACAGACAAGGAGGGUGCACAUUCCACCGUGACAAGAAUUAUAACACUAAAUCUAUUUGUUGGAGGCUCAGGCGCAUGCCUCCUUGUUAUUCCACACCUAAGAUGGUCCCUUGCUACAUGGAUCAGGAUAAUUCAAAUGGAAGCCUCUUGAAAAAACCAAUCAUUAACCCCCAAAAGGUAGAUAACGAAGGGGAGCAUGUUCUGAGAAAUUUUAGUGGACCACUAUCUCAGGAGAUUGGGGGUGGUAAUCCUCACAGACGUGAUGCUUUUGCUAUGCGUGGUGGCUCAAGGGUCACUUUAGAGUCAUGGAAACGAGAGACACAAUUUAUGAGAAUUGAAAGGGAACUUGAGCUGGAGGCUUCGAAACGUGGUUUUGUUCCACGAUAUAAAGCUUGUAGUCAAGCAAACAUAUUGUCUUCAAGUGGUGGCAUCCUUAUUAAUACUCAUACUGAUCUUGCACCACCUGACCCAGCUUCUGACCCAGCUUCUGCUGAAAUAGAGCGUGGAGGAGACGGCAAUAUAGUUGUGAAAGAUGUUAAUGGUCUCAAACUUGACCGGUCAAGAUACUUGGAGGAAAUAAAAGAAACAAAUUCUGGAUUAAUCAAACCCUCCACCAGUAAACAGGCAUAUUGGCAGCCAGAUCUUCAUGAGAGACUAGGCAGUAUCUAUGACAGUGUUCUUGUUGUUGAUGAUGCCACUACAGCAAAGGAGGUUGUUAGGAUGCUUACAAAUAAGUACAGACAUCUUGUCCAUGCUUGCGAUACUGAGGUUGCUAAGAUAGAUGUGAAGCAAGAAACACCUGUCGAUCACGGGGAGAUUAUAUGCUUCAGUAUAUAUUCUGGACCUGAAGUGGAUUUUGGAAAUGGGAAGUCUUUUGUUUGGGUUGAUGUUCUUGAUGGUGGUGGUAGGGAUCUUUUGAUGGCAUUUGCUCCUUUUUUUGAAGACCCAUCCAUCAAAAAGGUUUGGCACAACUAUAGCUUUGAUAACCAUGUUAUUGAAAACUAUGGGCUUAAGCUUUCUGGUUUUCAUGCUGACACAAUGCAUAUGGCACGGUUGUGGGAUUCAUCAAGAAGAACUAUGGGCGGGUAUUCUCUUGAAGCACUUACUGGUGACAAGAGGGUUAUGUCUGGGGCUGAAUUGUGCCACGAAGAAAAGUUGUUUGGUAAAGUUUCUAUGAAAACAAUCUUUGGCAGGAGAAAGCUUAAAAUAGAUGGAUCGGAAGGUAAAAUGAUCACCCUUUCUCCUGUUGAAGAGCUACAAAGAGAAGAGCGGAGACCAUGGAUUUGUUAUUCUGUAUUAGAUGCAAAAAGCACACUAAAGCUUUAUGAGAGCUUGAAAAGCCAACUAUCAAAUAUGCCAUGGAAACUUGAUGGAAAACCAGUUUCUGGAAAAUCCAUGUUUGACUUCUAUGAAGAAUACUGGCAACCAUUUGGUGACCUUUUGGUUAAAAUGGAAACUGAGGGAAUUCUGGUUGAUCGAGCAUAUCUUGCUGAGGUGGAGAAGGUAGCCAAAGCAGAACAAGUGGUUGCUACUAAUAGAUUUCGCAACUGGGCAACCAGAUAUUGCGCUGAUGCCAAGUACAUGAAUGUGGGAAGUGAUACACAACUACGCCAGCUAUUUUUUGGUGGCAUUGCAAACAGAAAGGAUCCUGAUGAGUGUCUACCAAAUGAGAGGAUCUUCAAAGUUCCUAAUGUUCAUAAAGUGAUUGAAGAUGGCGAGAAGACUCCCCCAAAAUUUCUAAAUAUUAGGCUGCGCAGCAUCCGUGACAAUCCGCUACCAGCUGACAUGUUCACAGCAAGUGGUUGGCCAUCAGUUAGUGGUGAUGCUUUGAAGGCCCUGGCUGGAAAGGUUUCUGCAGAGUAUGAUUUUAUGAGUGAUUCUUGUGACUUGCAACUGGAUGACAAUGUAGAAAAUGCUGCUGAAAAUGAAGUUUCAGAAAAACAAAAAUCAACUGGUGAUGUUGACAAAUCUGCUUAUGGAAAAGCUUUUCGAGCUUUCGAAACAGAAGGGGAGGGGAGGGAGGCUUGUCAUGCCAUUUCUGCAUUAUGUGAAGUUUGCUCCAUUGACUCCUUGAUAUCCAACUUCAUACUCCCCUUGCAGGGAAUUAAUAUAUCAGGCAAGAAUGGGCGUAUUCAUUGUUCAUUAAAUAUCAACACGGAAACUGGGCGCUUAUCAGCUAGGAGGCCAAAUUUACAGAAUCAACCUGCUUUAGAGAAGGAUCGGUAUAAGAUCCGUCAGGCAUUCAUUGCUGCACCAGGGAAUUCCCUUAUUGUUGCAGAUUAUGGACAACUGGAACUUCGGAUUCUUGCCCAUCUUGCUAGUUGUAAAAGUAUGCUAGAUGCCUUCAGAGCUGGUGGAGAUUUCCAUUCAAGGACUGCAAUGAAUAUGUACCAUUAUAUUCGUGAAGCAAUUGACAAAAAGCAAGUGCUUCUUGAGUGGCACCCUCAACCUGGUGAAGAUAAACCCCCAGUUCCACUAUUAAAGGAUGCCUUUGCUUCUGAAAGAAGGAAAGCUAAAAUGCUCAACUUUUCUAUUGCAUAUGGAAAAACUCCAGUGGGGCUUGCCCGAGAUUGGAAGGUUUCUGUCAAGGAAGCAAAGAAAACGGUCGAUCUAUGGUACAGCAAUAGAAAAGAAGUUCUUGCCUGGCAAGAAGAACGUAAACAAGAGGCCCGUGAUAAACAGUUUGUAUGCACAUUGCUAGGACGUGCCCGCCGGUUCCCUUCAAUGGCCAAUGCUACCACCUAUCAAAAAGGUCACAUUGAGCGAGCUGCUAUCAAUACCCCAGUGCAGGGUAGUGCUGCUGAUGUUGCCAUGUGCGCCAUGUUAGAAAUAACCAAAAAUGCACGGUUGAAUGAGCUAGGGUGGAAGCUGCUUUUACAGGUCCAUGAUGAAGUAAUCUUGGAAGGACCAACAGAGACAGCUGAGGUCGCAAAGGCCAUAGUUGUUGAGUGUAUGUCCAAACCCUUCAAUGGCAAGAAUAUUCUUAAAGUUGACUUAUCGGUUGAUGCAAAGUGCGCUCAAAACUGGUAUUCUGCCAAGUAGUCUGUCGCGACAAAGGACACUGGGAUUUUGGUCUGAGGUUCUUUUGCCCAUUGAAUAUGGAGAGCUCUGUGCUGGCAACCUUGAGCACCAUCUUUAUUUGAUUGCAACUAACUUCACAGGUUUUUUCAUUGGAAAUCGGGCUUCCACCAUAGUAAAACUUUCUGCCACUUUGAUGUUGCAAUAUUUUCUGGCUGGCCGGAGUUUGAGGAUGAAAAGAGGCUGUAACUUUGGCCAUGUAUUUCUGGCGGAUGAGGGAGGCACCGAGGCAGGCACUAGGGACAAAUAUGCUGUAUAUAAGAGUUCUUACCAUUUCAGUCUGUUGUUCCCAUGUAACCGUUUGCACGAUAAAGGAUUGUGUUUCUCCAAAAGAAACAAAAGCCUAACUCCAGUUACGGCGCAUUUAUUUUAACGAUUCAAUUUUUAUU